AUGGCCACGCAGAGAGCAGGGCGGCCAGAGGGGAUGGUGCAGGGGCAAGGUGCUUUCGACAGAGGAAGUAACAUCAAUAAAACACAAAGUGACAUCUGGGAAACUGUAGCUGUGGAGAAAUUACGGAUCUGCGGCGUGCAUGGAAAGCGGUCUCAGCCUGAUAAGGAAAGAAUCAAGAACAACGACAGCAUUCUGAGCUUCCCAGAAGGUAACAACUGUGGGGAUUUUCGUGGACAUCUGAGAGAAGGACAUGCACAGAUGGUUUGCCUUUCAUUAGCCCAUUCUUGCCCAGAAGGCGACAUUAACCUACAAAUUCAAGUAGAGGAAAAAGAAGAUGAUACUGAGGAAGAAAGCUCAAGUGAAGAAGAAGAAGAGGAGGAGGAAGAUAAACUGCCUCGAAGAGAGAGCUUGAGACCAAAGAGGAAACGGACCAGAGAUGUUAUCAAUGAAGAUGAUCCAGAACCUGAACCAGAGGAUGAAGAAACAAGGAAGGCAAGAGAAAAAGAGAGGAGGAGGAGGUUGAAAAGAGGAGCGGAAGAAGAAGAAGAAAUUGAUGAAGAGGAAUUGGAAAGACUGAAGGCAGAGUUAGAUGAGAAUAGACAAAUGAUUGCUACUGUGAAAUGCAAACCUUGGAAGAUGGAGAAGAAAAUUGAAGUUCUCAAGGAAGCAAAAAAAUUUGUGAGUGAAAAUGAAGGGGCUCUUGGAAAAGGAAAAGGAAAACGGUGGUUUGCGUUUAAGAUGAUGAUGGCCAAGAAAUGGGCAAAAUUCCUCCGUGAUUUCGAGAACUUCAAAGCUGCUUGUGUUCCAUGGGAAAAUAAAAUCAAGGCAAUUGAAAGUCAGUUUGGUUCCUCAGUGGCCUCAUACUUCCUCUUCUUGAGAUGGAUGUAUGGAGUAAAUAUGGUUCUCUUUAUCCUGACAUUCAGCCUCAUCAUGUUGCCGGAGUACCUCUGGGGUUUGCCCUACGGCAGUUUACCUAGGAAAACGGUUCCCAGAGCUGACGAGGCGUCUGCAGCAAACUUUGGUGUGUUGUAUGACUUCAAUGGCUUGGCACAAUAUUCCGUCCUUUUUUAUGGCUAUUACGACAAUAAACGAACGAUUGGAUGGAUGAAUUUCAGGUUGCCGCUCUCCUAUUUUCUGGUGGGGAUUAUGUGCAUUGGAUACAGCUUUCUGGUUGUCCUCAAAGCGAUGACCAAAAAUAUUGGUGAUGAUGGAGGUGGUGAUGACAACACCUUCAACUUCAGCUGGAAGGUGUUCACCAGCUGGGACUACCUGAUCGGCAAUCCUGAGACCGCAGACAACAAAUUUAAUUCUAUCACAAUGAACUUUAAGGAAGCUAUAAUAGAAGAAAGAGCAGCUCAAGUAGAAGAAAACAUCCACUUGAUCAGAUUCCUGAGGUUUCUUGCUAACUUCUUCGUGUUUCUAACACUUGGAGGGAGUGGAUACCUCAUCUUUUGGGCUGUGAAGCGAUCCCAGGAAUUUGCACAGCAAGAUCCUGACACCCUUGGGUGGUGGGAGAAAAAUGAAAUGAAUAUGGUUAUGUCCCUCCUGGGGAUGUUCUGUCCAACAUUGUUUGACUUAUUUGCUGAAUUAGAAGACUACCAUCCUCUCAUUGCAUUGAAAUGGCUACUGGGACGCAUUUUUGCUCUUCUUUUAGGCAAUUUGUAUGUGUUUAUUCUUGCCUUAAUGGAUGAGAUUAACAACAAGAUUGAGGAGGAGAAACACGUUAAGGCCAACAUUACCAUAUGGGAAGCCAACAUGAUCAAGGCCUACAAUGCAUCACUCUCUGGAAAUAGCACUGGACCACCCUUUUAUGUUCACCCUGCAGAUGUGCCUCGAGGACCUUGCUGGGAAACGAUGGUGGGACAGGAAUUUGUGCGACUGACUGUCUCUGAUGUUCUGACCACCUACGUCACAAUCCUUGUCGGGGACUUUCUCAGGGCAUGUUUUGUGAGGUUUUGCAAUUACUGCUGGUGCUGGGAUUUGGAAUAUGGAUAUCCUUCAUACACUGAAUUUGACAUCAGUGGCAACGUCCUCGCUCUGAUCUUCAACCAAGGCAUGAUCUGGAUGGGCUCCUUCUUUGCUCCCAGUCUCCCAGGCAUCAACAUCCUUCGACUCCACACAUCCAUGUACUUCCAGUGCUGGGCUGUGAUGUGCUGCAACGUUCCUGAGGCCAGGGUCUUCAAAGCUUCCAGAUCAAAUAAUUUCUACCUGGGCAUGCUGUUGCUCAUCCUCUUUCUGUCCACCAUGCCUGUCUUGUACAUGAUCGUAUCCCUCCCGCCAUCUUUUGACUGUGGCCCUUUCAGUGGCAAAAAUAGAAUGUUCGAAGUCAUUGGAGAGACAUUGGAACAUGAUUUCCCAAGCUGGAUGGCAAAGAUCUUGAGACAACUUUCUAACCCUGGACUGGUCAUUGCUGUCAUUUUGGUGAUGGUUUUGACCAUCUAUUAUCUCAAUGCUACUGCCAAGGGCCAGAAGGCAGCGAAUCUGGAUCUAAAGAAGAAGAUGAAAAUGCAAGCUUUGGAGAACAAAAUGCGAAACAAGAAAAUGGCAGCGGCACGAGCAGCUGCUGCUGCUGGUGGCCAGUAA